UGAACACAUGUUCCGAUUUCUGUGGUUACUGUGGUCUGCUGUAGCGUAGGAGAGCACCGGCACAACACUUGGAGUUUGCGCCUUGCCAGUCUCUCGGAAGAAGUGAGCGUGCGAUCGCGAUCCCGACAACGACGAGCCGUCAUGAAGAAGCGUUUUCACGGCAAAAGCAGGGGAGCCAGGCAUUCGGCGGGCCGCGCUAACAAGCAAGAGAGGCUGACCUGCGAUGACACCUCGGAUCCGAGACCGGAGAGCAGAGAUUCCGACGAUGAAGGCGAGGAGAAGGUGCGUUGGCCCUUCUCCGUGGCUAUGUGGGAGUUGGGACACUGCGAUCCCAAGCGGUGCACGGGACGCAAGCUGGCACGCAAGGGACUCGUGCGGCUGCUGCGACUGGGACAGCGGUUCCCUGGUGUCGUGCUGACGCCUUCGGCAACCCGUUGUCUGUCUCCAGAGGACAUGCAUGUGGUGUCACAGCACGGCCUGGCGCUCGUAGACUGCUCGUGGGCACGGCUCGACGAGGUGCCAUUCAGCCAGAUGCGAGGUGGCCAUCCGCGACUGCUGCCUCAUCUGGUGGCUGCGAACCCUGUCAACUAUGGCCGACCCUUGCAACUGUCGUGUGUCGAGGCUUUGGCCGCAGCUUGCUACAUCACAGGCUUUGAGCAGCUAGCCCGAGAGUGUCUGAGGCCCUUCAAGUGGGGACACGCCUUCUUGGAACUCAACGGGGAGCUGCUGGACGCCUAUGCAACGGCCGCCGACGGCGCUGCCGUCCUGGAGAUCCAGCAACAACACUUGGAGCAGGCUCGGUGGGACAGGCAAAACCGAGGUGAUAUGGAGCUACCGCCAACCGACAGCAGCAGCACUGACAGUUCAGAAGAUGAAGCGGCAGAUGAGUCCACAUCGAGUCAGACCCAGGAACAGAAGAGCACCGACGAAGCCCCUGCAGUUGAAACUAUGCUUACAGGGUUAAAAACAACAGAGUAAACACAUGU